AUGAUGACAGAUGCGCACGCUCCGGUGCCAUGCCUGGCAAACAAUCCACUUCCAGCAGCUCCGGCUCCGUUCCAUGACUUUGCGCGUGUCAGCACUCCUGCCUUUGUUCAACCAACAACAACACCUCCUCCUCCGGCUCCAGCAGCUGCGCAACCUGCAGCCGCCCCGACAACCGCCCAGCCUUUCAAUACUUGGAUGGCCAGUGGACCAGUUUUUGCCGCUUUGGCUCAGUUUAGUGCUGCUGCACCUGCCAUGGCUAAUCCUGCAACGGAACAGCAACAACAAGCUGUAGCCGCACCGAGACCAACUUUUGUCAAUGCCAAACAGUACCGACGCAUUCUGAAACGGAGAGAAGCACGAGCAAAGCUGGAAGAGUACUAUCGACAAAAACGAGCCAGAAAAGCAGUCCAGGAAGCCAAAGACCCAAAGCCCUACAUGCAUGAGUCAAGACACCGGCAUGCCAUGAAGCGUCCUCGGGGUCCAGGAGGUCGUUUCCUCACCAAGGCCGAGCUAGUUGAUUACUACAAGAAACACCCAGAACACGAUCCAUCCAACCAGAAGGAUCUAAAUGAGCACCCCAAGAGACCCCGCGAAAACGAGCAAUAA